CUUUUACCUUGCCUUCCUUCGAUUGCACUAUUUCAAUUGCCCUUUCUAUAUUUCAGUUACGCCUUUGAGAACCUGAAUCAUAUAAAAGAAAAAAAUGUGUAAUCCCGGUAUAACCAAUACUCGAAUUGCUGUAUCUCUUUCGUCAUGCUCAGUAUCUUCAAUUGCUCUUCCCGCCUACAACGGAUACCUGGAAGAAGACGACGAAAUUCAACCUCUACUUGACAAUACUACAAAAAAUGAACAAAGAAGAGGUAGAAAAUACAUCAAGGAAAACUUAACAACCAUACCGGGAGCAUGGAUAGAUGAAGAGACAGAAGACAAUGAUAGCAUACUAAAUGACGACAAAAGCGACAAAGUAGGCAACGAUAAAGAAGGAGAUGAUAGAGAAUCCCCCAAGUUAGCUAUUGCCAUUGAACCACUCUGUCCUUUCAAGGAUGUCGACAAAGCAAAGUGUCAAGACGACAUUGAAUGCUUGAAGCAAGCCAUAGCCAGUUUGAAAGAAGAACAAGAGGAACUCGAGAAAACAAAUCAGCAAGUUAAAAAGAGUAUACAGUCUGUAGCCAAAAAACGCACUAAAGCUAUCGCAGUUUUUCAUAUGGAUAAUAAAGAUUGUAGUGACAAAACAACAGCCUCGAUAAGCAACAUUCACACAGAAGAAAAAUGUCUCAAUAGCUUUCAAGAGAAGCUGCAACAGGAACAUAUUACUAGCGAAAAUACGAUAAUUGAUAAAGGCGUAGAUCAAAGCCUUCUAUGCCAUUUUUUAGAUAACGACAACAAUACUAGCAAUGACAAGAAUAGCGGUAAUAAUGUAUUCAUCAUGGUGUCAAAAAGUGACUUUGUUAUACCACCGAAAGAAGAGUUAAAUUCAGCCGGUCUUGAUGACAGUUGGGAGUGGAUAACAACUCAGGUUUAAGUUGUGAUUGAUGUGUAGAAAUGCAUGUAUGGCCUCCCGUUCCAACAUCACUUCUUCUCCCCAAAAUACUUUUCAGUUACAGUUUGUCAAUCAUUAAUAUUUGCAUUUGUCAAGUAUUCACUUUAUAGAAGUACAUAGAAGUAGAUAUUAAACCAAUACAUCAUCAUAUUACAAUACCAUUCGCACUCUGCAAGGAUUAUAAUAUAAAUGUCUUUCACUGAUAAGGCACUGCAGGAACUCAAAUUCUUGCGAUAGCAUUUAUGUGCGGUUAAACAGUGGUGCUCAGCCGAGAGUACAAAAAACAGCCCUACGAACUUGCUCUGGGUUCGAGACCGAACCUACAUUUAAGUCUAAGAAUCGAUGAUUUAUGCUGCACUUGUGUACAUUUUCAUCAUCUUCAACUCUGUAUAACAUACCUUGAGAAAUAAAUCCCUGUAGC